UGCUCAUCGUGCUAUCUACAUGGGGGAGUCCACGCCGUCGACGACACCGACCACAUCGCUGUGUGCCAAAAACGGUCUAUCGAGGCCUCACGGAGAAGUAAACCUUGUGCUUUUCCACGUGUGAGAAGAAGACAUGAACUCGGGCACGCCAUCCGAAGUAUUUGAACAGGGACGGGCGCCCUCCUCAGUCAGAUGUAAGCUCUUCCUUUGCCAGUGGGUCUGACAGCCUUCAGACGUCUGGACGGAGCGUCCGCACGCUUCAGAUCUCUCCACAGGUGCCGGACCGAUGUUCGUGAACAUCUCGACUGAUGGUCACAACAAUACGAAUCAUGAUCAAUGGAAGCCAUAUCCGCGUAUCACGCGAAGCCGCGGGGAAGCAUCGCAUCUACGGAACGCCCGUAUCAUGAUAUAAGGACCCGCAGCUGCGCGCAUGCAACCUCUUCUCCCCGCCUCUCCCUACCAUGCUUCUCCUCGGACUCGGUGUCAGCGCACUUCACCUCGCCGCCCUCGCGGCAGCGUCGCCUCUGAGCAAGCGCUGGGACGACCGGUCCGUCAAGCACGCCUGGGAGACGAUACCUAAGGGCUUCCAGUACCACGGCCCCGCUCCGGCCGACCACACAUUCGACCUGCGCCUCGGCCUCGCCCAGCCGCACAUUGAGACUCUCAUUUCUAAGUUAUACGAGGUCAGCACGCCAGGCCACGACUCGUACGGCCAGCACCUCUCCAAGGGCGAGCUGCACGAGCUCGCACGCCCGCACGACGACACUCUCCCUCUCGUCCAGGACUGGUUCGACUACCACGGCAUCGACAUCUCGAACAUGAAGCACUCCGCGGCGACGAACUUUGUGACGAUCUACAACGUCACCGUCGAGCAGGCGGAGAAACUGCUCGGCACGAAGUACAACGUCUACCGCCACUCUACGACCGGCGAGUACGUCGUCCGCACGAUGUCGUACUCCUUGCCAAAGGAUCUCAUCGGUCAUGUCGACGUUGUUGCGCCGACGACGUACUUCGGCACCAUGAAGUCCAUGCGCGCGACUUCCUUCAAGCAGCCGGAGCUCGAUGGCAGCAACGAGAAGGAUCUGAACGUCAACGCUGAGGCGGCCAGCGACUGCGGCAGCACUGUCACGCCAGCCUGUCUGCAGAAGCUAUACAACACGUCCGGCUACAAGCCGAAGGCCGACACCAACACCACCCUCGGUGUCGCUGGUUACCUCGACGAGUUCGCGAACGAGGAGGACCUCACGACUUUCUUGAAGAAGUACCUCCCGGACGCCGCAAAUGCGACCUUCAAGACUGUCCAGAUCAAUGACGGUGGCAAUGACCAGAACGAUCCCGGUGUGGAGGCGAACCUUGACAUUCAGUACACCGAGGCGCUGUCUUACCCCAUCCCGAACGUGUACUACAGCACCGGUGGUUCUCCGCCCUUCAACGAAGACUCUCAGACGCCGACGAACACUAACGAGCCCUACUUGGACUGGCUCGAGUACAUCCUCGACCAGGAUGACAUCCCGCAGACGUUCACGACCAGCUACGGUGACGAUGAGCAGACCGUGCCCCAGGACUACGCCCAGAACGUCUGCGACCAGCUUGCCAAGCUCGGCGCUCGUGGCGCAUCUAUCCUCUUCUCCAGCGGUGACUUCGGUGUCGGUGGCGGCGACUGCGCCAAGAACGAUGGCUCGAAUGCCACUGCCUUCCAGCCGGCCUUCCCUGCUAGCUGCCCGUACGUGACCACAGUCGGCGGCACCACCGGCGUCAACCCCGAGAAGGCUGUCGACUUCUCCGGUGGAGGCUUCUCCCGCUACUUCUCCCAGCCCGACUACCAGGCCGACGCCGUCAGCGCGUACCUUGACUUCUGGGGCGACAAGAACAGUGACUUGUUUAACUCCUCUGGUCGUGCCUACCCCGACCUUGCUGCCCAGGGCUCGGGCUUCCAGGUCGUCAUCGGUGGUUCCACGCAGAGCGUUGGUGGCACGAGCGCUAGCUCGCCUACCGUCGCCGGUAUCAUCGCGCUCCUCAACGACUACAAGGUCUCCCAGGGCCAGUCGCCGUUGGGCUUCUUGAACCCGCUCAUCUAUAGCACUGCUGCUGACGGCUUCAACGACAUCACCGAGGGCACCAACCCCGGCUGUGGUACUGAUGGCUUUGAGGCCACCAAGGGCUGGGACCCAGUCACCGGUCUCGGUACGCCGGACUUCGCCAAGCUCCAGAAGCUGGUCUGAGCUCGCUCAUGACGCACGUCAAUGAUUGUACUGAGUCCUACUCAUGACUUCAGUCCAUAGACGGCUGUAUAGCACAUCUUGUACCCCCGCUGCCAUGCUUCAAUGUACACUGCCAAUGUCUGUCGAA